ACAGUAUCUGCGGCCAUCACAUUAACUGUGUUUGUUUAUCUUUAAAAAUUGGUAAAAAUUACGUUGCAUAUUCAGUCCUAUAAAAUACCUAGUGCACACAGGCACUAUUAAAAGUGUUUAUUUUGGUUUUAUGUGACUGCAGUCGUGGAUACUUCACAAAAGGAACUCGACUGAAUUAUCGAAACCAAGGAGCGAGAUCCCACAAAAAAAGAAGAAAGACCGACAGCGGAAGAAACAUUAUUGUGAGUUUCGUUUUUGGUUGAUGUGUGAAGAUGAACACGGAAAAGGAUUUCUCCCCUUUGACCCCCAGCAUUGUGCGGGCCCUCAAUGACAAACUGUACGAGAAGAGGAAGGUGGCAGCACUCGAGAUUGAAAAGCUGGUGCGUGAGUUUGUCGCUCAGAGUAACUCGACCCAGAUCAAACAUGUGAUCCAGAUCCUGGCGAUGGAGUUCGCCCUGUCCCAGCACCCCCACAGCAGAAAGGGGGGGCUCAUCGGGCUGGCAGCCUGCUCCAUCGCACUCGGCAAGGACUCUGGGCUGUACCUGAAGGAGUUGAUUGAGCCGGUCCUUACCUGCUUUAACGACUCUGACAGCCGGCUGCGCUACUACGCCUGCGAGGCUCUCUACAACAUUGUGAAGGUGGCGCGGGGAGCGGUCGUGCCACACUUCAACGUGCUCUUCGAUGGUCUCAGCAAGCUGGCAGCAGAUCCUGAUCCCAAUGUCAAGAGCGGCUCUGAGCUCUUGGACCGACUGCUGAAGGAUAUCGUCACUGAGAGUAACAAGUUUGACCUUGUGGCCUUCGUUCCUCUGCUGCGGGAGAGAAUCUACUCCAACAACCAGUACGCUCGCCAGUUCAUCAUCUCCUGGAUCCUGGUUCUGGAGUCUGUCCCCGGUAUCAACCUGCUGGACUAUCUCCCAGAAAUCCUGGACGGGCUCUUCCAGAUACUGGGGGACGGCAGCAAGGAGAUCCGCAAGACGUGUGAAGUGGUUUUAGGAGAAUUCCUCAAGGAGAUCAAGAAGACUCCCUCCAGUGUCAAGUUUGCUGAAAUGGCCAACAUCCUAGUGAUCCACUGCCAGGGGUCAGAUGAGUCCAAACUGACAAAUGACCUGAUCCAGCUGACGGCCAUGUCGUGGAUGCGGGAGUUCAUCCAGCUGGCGGGGCGCGUGGUGCUUCCCUACUCCUCGGGGAUCCUGACUGCUGUGCUGCCCUGCCUGUCCUUCGACGACCGCAAGAAGAGUACCAAGGAGGCAGCCAAUGCCUGUAACCACAGCCUGAUGAAGUUGGUGACUCCUGAAGAUGAUGUGGAGGAGGCUGGAGUGGGCAGUGAGCCACCGCAGCAGGAAGACACCCCCUCCCGGACACAGGACACCCUGGACAAUUCACUGAAUGCUUCACAAGAUUCAGUUGGCUUCAGCAACAUCAGCUUUUUCACGCCAGCCAGCCCGGACAGGGCCCAGGUGACUCUAGACCUGGAUGGGAUUGUGCAGGUUCUGGAUCGGCACCUCCAUGACCCGGCCACAGGAAUGAUGACCCGCAUCACUGUACUGAAGUGGCUCUACCACCUGUAUAUCAAAACACCACGGAAGAUGUUCCGCCACACUGACAGCCUCUUCCCAAUGCUUCUGAAGACACUCUCCGAUGAAUCGGAUGAAGUGAUUCUCAAGGAUCUGGAGGUUUUGGCUGAGAUCGCCUCUUCUCCGGCUGGACAGACAGACGCACCGGGGUCAUGUGACAUCUCAGACAGCAAAUCGGAGCUCCAGGUUCGAGGGUCGACCAAAUCGGUUCAGCUGAGCGGGUUUGGAUCGAAGGGGGCUGAUUGCUCCCCAUCCACCCCCAGCAUGAACUCCUACUUCUACAAGUUCAUGAUCAACCUGCUGAAACGGUUCAGCAUGGAGAGGAAGCUGCUGGAGAUGAGAGGCACCUUCAUCAUCAGGCAGCUGUGCCUCCUGCUCAAUGCAGAGAAUAUCUUCCACUCUAUGGCAGAUAUCCUGCUGAAGGAGGAGGACCUCAAGUUCGCGUCCAUCAUGGUGCAGACCCUCAACACCAUCCUGCUGACCUCUGCUGAGCUCUUCCAGCUCCGGAAUCAGCUCAAGGACCUCCACACUCAGGAGAGCUGUGCUCUGUUCUGCUGCCUGUACCGUUCCUGGUGUCACAACCCAGUGGCCACCGUCUCCCUCUGCUUCCUCACCCAGAACUACAAGCACGCCUAUGACCUCAUCCAGAAAUUCGGCGACCUUGAGGUGACCGUGGACUUCCUGAUGGAGGUGGACAAACUGGUGCAGCUCAUUGAGUGUCCCAUCUUUACAUAUCUUCGUCUUCAGUUGCUGGAUGUAGAGAACAAUCCCUACCUGAUCAAGGCCCUUUACGGACUCCUCAUGCUGCUGCCACAGAGCCAGGCCUUUAUGAUGCUGUCCCACAGGCUGCGCUGCGUCCCCAACCCGGAGCUGAUGAGGGCUGCGCCCCAGAAAAAGCCUGCAGACUCAAGUAAGCCUGCCCCAGUCCACAUUGACUACGGGGAGUUGCUGCAACAUUUCGACCGGGUCCAGAACAAACACCUGGAGGUCCGGCACCAGAGAGCAGGCCGGGCCGAGCACCCAGACCGGAAACUUGUGCUCUGAUUGAAGGAGAGGGGACCUGCCCGGGUUCAGCCAGGCAACACAUCCCACUCCACAUGACAGACCAGCCCAGCAGGACUUCGGGCAUUCCUCACACAUCAAGCCUGUGGAGUAGGGGGCCGAAGCCUGAUGCUGUCUCUGAACUGACCGAAAAACGUUACACUGCCCUCUGGACCAAACCCCCAUGGGAAAACUUUUUUAUUUUUAAAUUGUGUUAUUUGUUUUAGAGCUGUUUACAAAGGUGCAGAAUCCACAGGCCUGAAGAUCUGAGAACAGAGAGUUAUUUACUGUUGGUUAAUAAUAAUAAUAAUAAUAAUAAUAAUAAUAAUAAUAAUAAAGUGCUGGGUGUGUGCUAACUUAGUCAAAUGGCUUCUCCUCCACUGCCCCGCAAUGCACUCUGUUCUCUGUGGUGAGGUGUCCUUGUUGAAGUGUCUCUGCUGUUGGAUCAUGUGCCAAUCGGGGUGGCUUUGUUAAACUGGAAGUGAACUGAAUCUGCUCCCCCAUUCACUGGCAAAACUUGAAUAUUCUGAAAUACAGACUUGUCAUGUU